UUGUGCUUUGGAACGCGCCAGAGAAGCGCACAUUUCGUACAGUCAGACGUGUUCCCGAAGUAGGACGAAGAAUACGGACGCAUUUCAUCGACGCGAGCUAUAUACGCUCGACACACGUGAGAUUAUGAUGGAAAAAUUUCACGAUAAAAAUAACGAAUGUUGUGCUGAAGCAAUAUCUCGUCUUUCCAUUGAGGAGACAAAAUGUAUAAGACCACGAAGCAAAGGUGAAACAAGAGGGCAAAGGCCUACUGGUCUUACACACGAAUGUGGUGUUUUCGGAUGCAUCGCUGCUGGGGAUUGGCCAUCGCAAAUUGAUGUUGCUCAAGUUAUUUGUCUAGGUUUAGUAGCGUUGCAACAUAGAGGACAAGAAAGCGCAGGAAUCGUUACAAGUGAGGGUGUCUGCUCAAAGUCAUUCCAUGUUCACAAGGGUAUGGGAAUGAUCAAUAAUAUCUUCAAUGAUGAGACAAUGAGGAAGCUCAAAGGAAAUCUAGGAAUUGGUCAUACAAGAUACAGUACAAGUGCAGCUAGUGAAGAAGUUAAUUGUCAGCCAUUUGUGGUACAUACCGCGCAUGGAGCAUUAGCAGUUGGUCAUAACGGGGAAUUAGUCAACACCGAGUCUCUACGGAAAAUGGUAUUAGGUCGAGGCGUUGGUUUGUCGACACAUUCGGAUUCGGAGCUUAUAACGCAAGCGCUCUGCUUGAAUCCACCGGAAGGCGAAGUUAAUGGACCAGAUUGGCCUGCGCGUAUUAAACAUCUUAUGCAAUUGGCACCGUUAUCUUAUUCUUUAGUUAUAAUGCAGCGCGACAAGAUUUACGGCGUACGAGAUCCUUAUGGAAAUCGUCCUCUUUGUUUAGGAAAAAUCGUACCGAUAGGCAAUUUAGCAAGUAACGAGUCUGAUGACGAUGAUGAUGAGGCAGAAGGCUGGGUAAUAUCGUCGGAAUCCUGCGGAUUUUUGAGUAUCGGUGCGAGAUACGUUCGCGAAGUGUUUCCUGGUGAAAUUGUGGAACUGACCAGGGAGGGCAUUAAAACUAUCGAGAUAGUAGAAAGACCAAAUAAAAAGCCUCAGGCAUUUUGCAUUUUCGAGUAUGUCUACUUUGCCAGGAGCGAUAGCAUUUUUGAGGGACAAAUGGUAUACUCCGUGCGUAUGCAAUGUGGACGGGUAUUAGCGAUGGAGUCUCCAGUUGAAGCUGAUAUUGUCAGUUCCGUUCCCGAAUCUGGAACUGCAGCGGCACAUGGAUAUGCCAGAGAGUCUAAAAUACCUUUCGCUGAAGUGUUAUGCAAAAAUAGAUACGUAGGUAGAACAUUUAUUCAGCCUAGUACACGAUUGAGACAACUCGGAGUUGCUAAGAAGUUUGGAGCUUUAUCGGAAAAUGUGAAAGGAAAAAAAAUAGUUCUCAUUGACGACUCUAUUGUCAGAGGAAAUACAAUCGGUCCUAUUAUCAAACUGCUGCGUGAUGCAGGCGCUAAAGAAGUUCAUGUUAGAAUAGCAUCUCCACCAUUAAAAUAUCCAUGUUACAUGGGUAUUAAUAUACCAACAAGAGAAGAACUCAUUGCGAAUAAACUUGACAAUGUAAAAUUGGCAAAACACGUGGGAGCGGAUAGUUUAACGUAUCUUUCGGUUGAGGGACUUGUGGAGGCGGUUAGACACCGCAUGGACAAUCGUGAAAGUAAUUACAUCGGUCACUGCACUGCCUGUCUAACGGGAGAAUAUCCAGACGAAUUACCUGGCGAUCUCGACUGGUGA